AUGGUAGACUUUACUCCUGAUAAAUUUUAUACUUCAAUAACACAAAGUCAGGGUAUGCCAGCCAAUACAAAAUCUGCUUCUGAACUAUACUACAAAGCAACGUUUCUUUUUCUUAAUCUGAAUUUAUUUCCAUCUGUUCCGCCCGCUAUUAAUGAACAUCAACUUCGAACUCAACGCAUUUCAACAAGAUUAUUCAUCUCCUUAUUAAUUAUAUCAUUAUCUAUUCUUCUCUUAUAUACUUCACUGAUAAAUAUUACAGAAACAGUUAAUGUCAAAGCACCUUCUAUUAUAAAAUAUGAAGAACUCUAUAACUCAUAUAGUGAAACAUUAACUUGUGAAUGCACACAAAUAUCAAUCAACUAUGAAAAGUUUAUUCAAAUUCAAUAUACAUUACAUCAAGUGUGUCAUAGUGAUUUUGUUACACAAACGUGGUUUAAUUAUCUUGCCACCUCACCUGGACAUGGUACCUCAUUUUAUGAUACCUUUCGACUGACGGGUACAUUUACAUUUCAAGCUCUAUAUACACUUUGUGUUCUGGUUGAUGAAACAAUAUUGAAUCGUUUAAGUCAGUUCUAUUCAAGUCAAUAUGUAAGUGCAUAUGUAACACCUUCGAAUGUAUUUCAACUACAAACCAAAUCAUUUAUUUCUCAAUUCAUAUCAUCAACAACUAAUGAAUUCUUGUUAUCACUGGCCAUGAUACGAAAAACAACUCAAAGCAACGCUUUGCUCUCUGCACAAUUCACUAAUUAUAGAUUCUAUCAUAACGAAAACGAUAAUAAUCUAGUUACAGAAUCUUCAUGGGAUGGUGAUUGUAUGUGUUCUUCUUCAGCUACAUGUAUUAGUCAAUAUGCAGUUAUUAAUUAUCCGAGCUUCACGAAAGUGUUUCCUUUGCCAGGUCUUUAUACAGGAUGUUAUAUAAUUGAAUCAUUACUUCAGUCUAGUCUUCAAUGUUUCUACGAUCAAGCCUGCAUAGAUAACCUACUAUUAUACUUGGGAUCAUCUACAAUUAUAAAUGUGACAGCUCUUGAUAUAUCAUUAUCGACCCUAUUUUUGGAAAAUUCAACAAUUACAGAUAUUCUUGAUCAAUUAAUGGUUGAAGAAUGGAAUUCAUCAAGUAUAUAUGAGGAUUAUUAUAGUGAAUGUCAACCUUCAGGCUGUAGUUAUACUGUUACGUCGAAGAAUAGUGUAAUAUACAUUGUUACAACUCUGAUCGGAUUAGUUGGUGGUUUAAUUACAGUAAUGAAAUUGAUGGUGCCUAUUUUAGUCAACUUCGUAAGGAAAUGCAUACACAAAGAAGUAAAAACAGAAGCUGAAACAUUGGUACAAGAACCGAAUCACAGCAUAUUAUACAAAUUAAAACAUUACCUUUUAACAUUCAAUAUCUUUCCAUCUGUUCCACCAACUACCGAUGAACAUCAACUUCGAAAUCAACGCAUUUCAACAAGAUUAUUUAUCAUCUUAUUAAUUAUAUCAUUGUAUAUUCUUCUCUUAAAUACGUCACUGAUAAAUAUUACAGAAACAGUUAAUAUCAAAGCACCUUCUAUUAUAAAAUAUGAGCAACUCUAUAACUCAUAUAGUCAAGCAUUAACUUGUGAAUGCACACAAAUAUCAAUUAACUAUAAAAAAUUUAUUCAAAUUCAAUAUACAUUACAUCAAGUGUGUCAUAGUGAUUUUGUAACACAACAAUGGAUCAAUUAUCUUGCCACAUCAUCUGGAAUCAGUGUACUACCUUACGAAGACUUUCGAGUAACAAGUACAUUUACAUUUCAAGCUAUAAGCGCGUUUUGUACACUCGUGAACCAAACAAUAUCGAAUCAAUUAGUUCAAUUCUAUUCAAGUCAAUAUGUACGUGCAUCUGUAACACCCACAAAUAUAUUUCAACUACAAACUAAAGCAUUUAUUUCUCAAUUCAUAUCAUCGACAACUGAUAACUUUUUGUUGUCGUUUUCCAUGAUACGAGAUACAACUCAAAGCAAUGCUUUACUCUCUGGAGAAUUAAAUAAUUUCGAAUUCUAUGUAGGAUCUGAUUAUACUGUAACUUCAGAUUCACGCUGGUAUGGUAAUUGUACAUGUUCUUCUUCAAGUAUAUGCAUUACUCAAUCUGUAAUUUAUGAAUUAUUGAACGACAGAGCCUUAUUUUCUGUUCCGGGUCUUUAUACGGGGUGUUAUAUAAUUGAAUCAUUACUUCAGUCUAGUCUUCAAUGUUUUUACAAUCAAACAUGCAUUAAUAAAUUACAAUCAUAUUCUACAGAAUCGUUACUUAUGAAUGUGACAGCUCUUGAUAUAUCAUUAUCGACCCUAUUUUUGGAAAAUUCUACAAUUAUAGAUAUUCUUGAUCAAUUAAUGGUUGAAGAAUGGAAUUCAUCAAGCAUUUAUGAAAACUAUUACAGUGAAUGUCAACCAUCAUAUUGCAGUUAUACUGUUACGUCGAAGAAUAGUGCAAUAUACAUUGUUACAACUCUAAUUGGAUUAGUUGGUGAAACAGUUAAUAUCAAAGCACCUUCUAUUAUAAAAUAUGAGCAACUCUAUAACUCAUAUAGUCAAGCAUUAACUUGUGAAUGCACACAAAUAUCAAUUAACUAUGAAAAGUUUAUUCAAAUUCAAUACACAUUACAUCAAGUGUGUCAUAGUGAUUUUGUAACACAACAAUGGAUCAAUUAUCUUGCUACUUCGCCUGGAGGUUAUAGCCUAUAUGUAUACGAUUUUCGAUCUUCAGGUACAUAUUUAUUUCAAACUAUAAGUGCAUUUUGCACAUUAGUUAAUCAAACAAUAUUGAGUCAGUUAGCUCAAUUCUAUUCAAGUCAAUAUGUAAGUGCAUAUGUAACACCUUCAAAUGUAUUUCAACUACAAACUAAAGCAUUUAUUUCUCAAUUCAUAUCAUCAACGACAAAUCAAUUUUUGUUAUCACUUGCUAUGAUAAGAAACACAACUCAAAGUAACAGCUUAUUCAGUGGUGGACUAACUAAUUACAACCUUAAAGAAUCGAACGGUGCUAUGGUUCGAAGUCCACUCUCAUACGGUAAUUGUACAUGUACUUCUUCAGGCACAUGCAUUAAUCAAACUGCAAUUUACGAAUUAUUCAGUAAUUAUAAUUUAUUAUUCUCUGUUCCGGGUCUGUAUGCGGGAUGUUAUAUAAUUGAAGCGUCACUUCAAUCUAAUCUUCAAUGUUUUUAUAACCAAACCUGUAUCAAUAAAUUACAAUCAUAUUUUGUAGUAUAUUCACUUAUGAAUGUAAAAGCUCUUGAUAUAUCAUUAUCGACCCUAUUUUUGGAAAAUUCUACAAUUAUAGAUAUUCUUGAUCAAUUAAUGGUUGAAGAAUGGAAUUCAUCAAGCAUUUAUGAAAACUAUUACAGUGAAUGUCAACCAUCAUAUUGCAGUUAUACUGUUACGUCGAAGAAUAGUGCAAUAUACAUUGUUACAACUCUAAUUGGAUUAGUUGGUGGUUUGAUUACAGUAUUGAAAUUUGCAGUACCAUUUUUGGUUCAGUUUAUUAUGUUUUGUUUUAAAAAGUGCAAAAGUAGACGCGUUACAAUAAUGCCCAUGAUUCAGACAUAA